CGCGUCACGCAAAGCGAGCUACUUACUACUAUACCUUUGAGCUAGCUAGUUCAGCUCUCUCUCUCUCUAUAUAUAUACACAUCUGAGUUUUGCUGGCAAAGCAUCAACAACGAUCGUCUGCUCUGCUUGUGCUGCAUAUAUUAUAUAUAUGGUGAAGGAGCCGCGUCAUAUGAUGGUCAUCAACACCAGCAGGCUACUACUGACCCUGCUGCUGCUGGAAUUCGCCGCGGUGGCGGUGCCGGCCAUGGCCAGCACGGUGGUGGCCGGCAUGGUGUUCUGCGAUCAGUGCAAGGACGGCGCCAGGGGACUCUUCGACUACCCGCUCUACGGCGCCCGCGUGGCCAUCCAGUGCGGCGGCGGCGACACCCCGCUGACGGUGCGGGAGAGCAACACCAACUGGUUCGGCGGCUUCUCCGUCCGCAUGGAGGGCUCCCCGGACAUGAACCGCUGCACGGCGCGCGUCGUCCAGGGGACGGGCCACUGCGGCGCCGCGUCGUCAUCAGGUGGCGGCGCCGUGCCGCGCGAGCUCACCCUCGCCUUCCGCAUGCUGGGCCUCUCGCUCUACACCGUGCCGCCGCUGCUCUCGCAACCGGAGGAGGCCAUGGACUUCUGUCCGGGGCACGACCACGACAGGUUCAGGCGGGGCAGGCCAUCUUCGCAGGCGCAGGCGCAGGCGCAGGCGCCGGCGCCGGCUUCGCCUUCUUCCUCGCCGCCCUUCUUCUGGCGCCGGAGGUCAAGGUUCCUGCCGCCCGUCUGGCGAAAGCCACUACCACAAACAUUGCAGCCGCCGCCGCCGCCUCCAACGACGGCAGCAUCGCAGGGCUCCUCCGCCUGCACCUACGACAUGUGGUCGUCGCCGGAGCACCGCUGCCACUGGAAGGUAGUGACCCCGAACACGACGGUGGCCAUGGCGUUCGGGCCCCUGGCGGCGCAGCGGUACGGGUCGGAGCUGACGCUCGGGGAGGCGCUGGAGGGGCGCGGCGACAUGUACCGCACGCUGCUCCGGGAGGCCACGGCGGCGCUGCUCAACGCCUACUACAACGCCCCCGGGGGUCCCUUCCUGUACCCGACCACGGCCAGCGUCAUGGACCACAUGAACGGCGCGCUCCUCAGCUCCGGGCAGAGGGUGCUCCUGGAGGGCGCGCGGUUCCGCAGGGCCAACGCGGGCGGCGGCGGGCGGACAAGGCUCAUGUGCGACUUCACGACAUGCAGCUGAGGAUCAUGUACUUGUUGAUUAUUACUACCUGUUGAUGAUGAUCAUCAAUCAGACCAGUAGCAGUAGCGCAGCAAAUGUUUCUAAAAAUUGCACGGAGCGCAUAUGUAGCAAAUUCGAUCCAGAUUGCCUCUGUCGUCGUUUUAUUCAGGAGCAGAUUGGGCAGAGCACGAGUCCAUUCUCGUUGCACUCCCCGCAUCGCACC